AUGUGUGUGACGGAUGCAGAGCAGGUUGGGACUGAGAGGCCAAAUUCUGGGGUUAAUAAUACCAUGCCUUGGCCGUUGCAUUGUGAUUUUUUACAGAAUCAGAUGGGGAAUCCUGAUAAGCAGCCUGCUCUCAUUGGAACUAGCGAUCGAACCCGCUCUGGGAAUUCUUUUCCUCUCGAAAGCAUUUCCGAGGAUGCUGCAUUUAUAGAUCGGAAAGACAACCCAUCUACUUUUGUUCUGGCACUUAGAUCAGGAGAAUGGUCUGAUAUCGGAAAGCGUCCUUAUAUGGAGGACACUCAUGUAUGCAUUCAUGACAUGGCUAAGAAGUUCGGCUGUAGUUUUCUCAACGAGGAAGCUGUCUCCUUCUACGGGGUAUUUGAUGGUCAUGGAGGAAAAGGCGCCGCACAAUUUGUUCGUGACCACUUGCCGAGAGUCAUUGUUGAAGAUUCCGACUUUCCUUUAGAGCUCGAAAAGGUGGUUACGAGAUCAUUUAUGGAGACUGAUGCAGCUUUUGCUAGAUCUUGCACUCUUGAAACAUCUCUGUCUUCUGGCACAACUGCACUGACUGCAAUGAUAUUUGGAAGGUCUUUGCUCGUAGCAAACGCUGGCGAUUGCCGAGCAGUACUGUCAAGACAAGGACGUGCAAUAGAAAUGUCAAAAGACCACAGGCCAUGCUGCACAAAAGAAAGAAAGCGAGUCGAGGCCUUGGGUGGAUUCAUUGAUGACGAUUAUCUAAACGGCCUGCUCGGGGUUACACGUGCUAUAGGAGAUUGGCAUCUUGAAGGAAUGAAGGAAAUAAGUGAAAAAGGUGGACCAUUAAGUGCCGAACCAGAACUAAGAUUAAUGACAUUGACAAAAGAGCACGAGUUCUUGAUCAUCGGUAGUGAUGGAAUAUGGGACGUCUUCACGAGCCAGAACGCUGUCGAUUUUGCUCGGAGGAGGCUCCAAGAGCACAAUGAUGCAAAAGUUUGCUGCAAGGAAAUAGUAGAGGAAGCCAUAAAGAGAGGAGCAACAGACAAUUUAACAGUAGUCUUGGUUAGCUUUCACUUGGAGCCUCCACCACCUGUAGUUUUUCAGAGGCCAAGAUUUAGAAGAAGCAUAUCUGCAGAGGCACUUCAGAACCUCAAAUUUCAUCUAGAAGGAUAGAAAAUUAAGACAUUCUUUGUUGUUAAUUGGCCAGAGGUUUGAUACUAAACCAAUGGAUUAGAGUUUGUUGUUGUGUACACAAUGAGCUUUCAUGGGGUAGAAAGUUUCAGCUCUUCAUUGUGUCAUUUUAUUGAGCUUAUUUUGGGUGAUGCCUCAUGAAACAGAAUGGAAAUUAGGAUCUUAAACAAAAAAUUUUGGAACUGUAUAAUUACACUUCCUUUUCUUGAUUGUUACCAAAUUGAUGGUUAAAUGUCCCUGCA